AUGCUCGAGGCUGUCGAACCUCGUCGGCAAUGGAGGGCCGGAACAGAAAUUCCGCUGGAUGCCGGAAGUGACGACGACUAUAACGACGUGGCAGUGCCGGUGCCCAGGCCAUACCCAGUGCAUGUGCCCAAGCCGUACCCAGUGCAUGUGACCAGGAAGAUCCACGUGCCAGUGCCCAAGCCGUACCCGGUGCACGUACCCAAGCCCGUCUACGUGCCGGUGACCAAGAAGGUGCACGUCCACGUGCCCGUGCCCAAGCCGUACCCAGUCGUGAAGCACGUCAAGGUCCCGUACCCAGUCAAGGUGCCGUACCCAGUGAAGGUGCCCGUGUACCACCAGGCCCCGAGCUACGGCAGCUCCUACGGCUACGACUCCCACUCCUCCAGCUACGGCCACAGCACCGAUUUGGGCGGCUAUGGCGGCCUUUCCUCCGUCGGCGGCGGCUAUGGCCACCACCACAACAAGAAGCACAAGCACGGCAAGGUCUCCGUCAUCUCCUUCUAGAGAGUGACCCAGCAACCAAAUAGUUUUUUUUUUUUUUACAAAAUAUUAGGAACAUGCCUCUUUUGAAUAUAUAUUCAGUCACCGCGUCGAGAUGACGACGGGGUGGUCUGAAUAAUGACACGUCAUCAUGUGACAGAGAAUCUCAAGUCAUAUAUCUCCGCUUAUAUUACGAGACCAAAUCUUUCUCGACAGACUGUCAUCAUCAUUUUCACUUCAAUACUGCAUAUAUGAGCUAUCUCAUACCUUUCAUUUUUCUUUUCCUUUUUUUUCUACAUUCAUAAGAUAUUUCCACAUCCGCAGAGUUACCUGGAGAGCGAUGAGAAAAACACUAUAGACGGGGUGAAAUGUAUUGUUAAAUAUCUACCUUUAUAUGAGCUGCUCUAUACAUACACAUAGUUGAAGCAAUGAUGCGUCUGUUGGUCCUCCAGAUACUUUUCGUGAGAAGAGGAAUGCGAUUGGGCAUGAAAAAGGGUAUUUUUUUUUCAAGUGUCCGUGUGUAUUUAUUUGUCAUCCGCAGCUCGAAUAAAAAUUGCGUAUAUAUUGCGUUGUACCAUGAAAAA